AUGGCAACCAAGAUGGUCAUCCAGCAACCCAAACCAAUUGUAGUGCCAGCUACCUCAGACCAGUGGAACACCAGCAUCUGCGAGUGUGACAGUGUGAACGAAUGCUGUUUCUCUGUAUGGUGCUUUCCUUGCUUCGCCUGCAUUACGGCUCGAGACCAUGGUGAAUGCCUGUGUCUCCCUCUACUGGAUAUAUGCGGCCUCAUCCCACCGGCUACACUGUCCAUGAGAGUGUCCACACGCAGACGAUAUGGCAUUACAGACAGCAUUUGCAACGACUGUGUGUACUCUUUCUUCUGCGGCCCAUGCAGCUGGUGUCAAGUCAGGCGGGAGAUGAAGGCCAGACUUCAUCCUGUUACACUGCUGAACAACAGGCCACUGGGCUAAAGACUCAAAUUAUCACAAUCUUCAUCUUGCUAUUAAUGUUUCCAUCAUGAGCAAAUGAAAUCAAC